CCCGGAAGAAUACAUAAUCCGCUCCGGGAAGAUUGUCGAUUGUUUCAAGAAAUUCCCAAGAGCAGCUGCAAUACGCAGAACGAAGGAAAAACGGACGCAAAAUGACCACAACAACAGCUCCCACUGCGACUGUCGCUCAUUUGAAUCGUGCAGACGGUUCUGCUACGUAUAGCUGCAAUGGAUAUUCUGUUGUUGGCGGUGUGAAUGGACCGGUCGAGGUACAAAGGCGGGAUGAACUCCCUGAGGAAGCCGCCAUUGAGAUUAUUGUCCGACCAGCGAUCGGUGUUGGCACUACAAGAGAACGCCAUCUAGAGUCAAUUCUUCACUCCACGCUUCGUCAUAUUAUCCUCGUCCAGAACCAUCCGCGGACUCUAAUUCAAAUCACUCUCCAAGUCCUCAGUACACCAGAGGGAGAUGCUACCGCUACAAAGCCGGCACAAGCUGUUUCGGAUCUGCCUAUCCUACCCGCAUUGUUUCAGACGUCAAUACUCGCUCUCAUGUCGGCCGCGAUCCCCUUAGGAAAGACUGUCACGUCGACCCUGGUCGCAGUAUCGAGCUCAGACGAAAUCAUCGAUAGCCCAUCUGCGGCACAGCUUGCAGAAGCUGCUUCUACCCACGUGCUCGCUUUUUCAUCCCACGGCGAGCUCUUAGUGAACGAAAGCGAAGGAAGCUUUUCUAUAGAGACCUGGGAAAGAGUUUACGAGCAGGCUCAGCGCCUUUGCCGCGGAGAGGACAAGAAAGGGGCUGGCGCCAUGGUAGACGGCAGCGAAAUGGAGGUUGACCGGGCCGACUGUCUUGAGGAUUUCGUUCGAGGGGUCAUGCAAGAAAAGACAGUCAAAGAACAGGCAUGGAAAGAGGGAUUGAGAUAGAUUUGAGAGAGAGCAUUUCAGCCGAUGGACCGGUCAUAUAAAUGAGCCGUCGCUCUAUCUGCCUCGAGUCACGCCGAUCGGGGCUUGUCGCCAUGUUCCUCCACCAAAUAAUAUCGUCAAUACAGCGCUCAA